AUGCGCACAGCUGCGCUGCUGGGGCUGCUGCUGGCGGCGGCGGCGGCCUCGCUCGCGCCGCUGGCUGCCGCGGAUGCGCCCCAGAAAAAAGGCAAGGUUGUGGGUGGGCCCAAGGAUGCCGUGCGACCCGAGGACAUCCCAUACAUCAAGUGCCAGGUGUGCCAGCUGCUGUCCAAGAAUGCGUGGCUUCAGGUCAAGGAGAUGAAGAAAGCGUCCACACCUGCCAACCCCGUGGACGAGAACAAGGUGAUCGAGCGCAUGGAGAAGAUCACAACAGGCGAGUAG